AUGGAUUUCGAAGAAGCAGAGGAUAUAAACGGUGUUCGAUUUGCUUGGAACGCAUUUCCCUCUACCAAGAUUGAAGCUGGCAAAAUCGUGGUCCCCACCGGUGCAUUAUACACACCAUUGAAACAGCGUGAGGACUUACCUAUUGCUGCAUACGAUCCCGUGUACUGCUCAAACCAAACUUGUAAAUCGAUUUUGAAUCCGUAUUGUGCGGUUGACCCCAAUGGGUUUUGGCGUUGUCCAUUGUGUCAAGGCAGGAACCCAUUGCCUGCGCACUAUCACGGUAUAAGUCCUGAGAAUUUGCCAUUGGAGUUGCAAAACACUAGCUCUACUGUUGAAUACAUCAAUUCGAGACCGGUGCAGAACCCACCAAUUUUCACUUAUGUUAUUGACUUGUGUCAGGAUGAAGAUAAUUUACAAGCGUUGAUUGAGAAUAUCAUUGUUGGGUUGAACCAUUUGCCACCAAAUGCAUUGAUUGGAUUGAUUACCUAUGGAACCAUGGUUCAAGUGCAUGACUUGGGAUCGGAAAAAAUCAACAAGAGUUAUAUCUUUCGUGGUGAUAAAGAGUACACUGAUAAACAGAUCAGUGAAAUGUUGAAUAAUCCAGUGGCUCCAAUCUUGAAUCAACAACAGCACCCACAGCAACCAAUGGCAAACUCAUUGACGAGAUUUUUCUUGCCCUUGGAAGAUAUCGAGUUUCAAUUGACGACUAUUUUGGAGAAUUUGAGUAAAGACCCGUGGGCUGUUGCUAAUGGGGCUAGACCUUUGAGAUGUACUGGUAGUGCCUUGAAUGUUGCUGUCAAUUUGUUGGGUUUAACCUUUCCUGGAUUUGGGGCCAGAGUCAUGUUGUUUUCUGCUGGACCGGGAACUUUGAACCCAGGUAUGAUUGUUGGAAACCAGUUGAAGGAGCCAAUUAGAUCGCAUUCGGAUAUAGACAAGGAUAAUGCCAAACAUUUCAAAAAGGCGGUCAAGUUUUACGAUGCAAUUGCUGCCAAGGCGGUGAAAAAUAGUCACGCAGUGGAUAUUUUCGCUGGUUGUUAUGAUCAAAUAGGUAUGUUGGAGAUGAAAAACUUGUGCAAUACCACCGGUGGUACCUUGUUACUAUCUGAUGCAUUCACCACAUCUAUUUUCAAGAGAUCAUUUUUGAGAUUGUUCAACAAGGAUGAAGAAGGGUAUUUGUUGAUGGGAUUCAAUGCUUCUUUUGAAAUUAGAACCUCAAAGGAAUUGAAAGUGAGUGGACUUAUUGGUCAUGCAUCGUCAUUGGGGGUCAAAUCAGCCAACGUUUCGGAAAACGAAUUGGGUCUUGGUGGAACAUCCAGCUAUAGACUUUGUGCCACGUCACCAAGACACACAUACGCGGUGUUUUUCGAUGUAGCAAACACACAACAAUUGCCCCCAACUGCUCAAAGCUAUGUACAAUUCAUCACGCACUACCAGCAUGCAAGCGGUACCUAUAGAACGAGAGUCACCACCGUAUCCAACUACUUGACCAGUGAUGAACAAACACUCACCAACUCCUUUGAUCAAGAGGCGGCCGCUGUUUUGAUGGCGAGGGUCACUUUAUUCAAAGCUGAACAAGAUGACGGUGCUGAUGUUCUUAGAUGGAUUGACCGUAUGCUUAUUCGUUUGUGUCAGAAAUUUGCCGAUUAUCGAAAGGACCAGGAGGAGAGUUUCCGUUUGGGACAGCAGUUUCAACUAUUCCCGCAAUUCAUUUACUAUUUGCGAAGAUCACAAUUUUUACAAGUUUUCAACAACUCACCUGAUGAAACUGUGUUUUAUAGACACGUUUUAUUGACUGAGGACACAAACAACUCGUUGAUUAUGAUCCAACCUACAUUAACCUCGUUUACGUUGGAAGGUGAGCCCGAGGCAGUUUUGUUGGACUCAGUGUCCAUUAGAGAUGAUCGUAUCUUGUUAUUGGAUACAUUUUUCCACAUUUUGAUCUUCCACGGAAAGACAAUUGCCGCGUGGCGUAAAGCUGGGUACCAGGAUCAAGAAGAGUAUGCCAAUUUCAAGGAGUUGUUGGAUGAACCAAAACAAGAAGCCGCUGAGUUGUUGGCUGAUAGGUACCCCUUGCCUAGAUUCAUUGAUACUGAGGAAGGUGGUUCACAAGCUAGAUUCUUGUACUCAAAGUUGAAUCCUAGUGUUACUUACAACACCAACGAAUUGACUGGCGGUCUGGGAUUGGGUGGUGCUGGUGGGGCCAUUGUCUUGACUGACGAUGUCAGCUUGCAAGUAUUUAUGAGCCAUUUACAAAAACUAGUAGUUAGUGGAUCUAGUUAG